UAAGCCACACGUGUAUUGAAGAGAUUCCGAGAAAAUGGGAAAGCGGAAAGAAAGAGAUUUGUCUUCAGGAUCAGAAGAUAACGAGGAGUUACGGAAAAGAGUUAGACGUUUAGAAAAGGCAUUGAGAAAGGAGAAAGGAGAAAGAGGCCGAUCAAAACACAGAAGUCGCAAGGAACGUUGUACAAGCAGAUCAACAUCUCGAGAGGUUAGAAGCGGUCGCGACUAUCGUUACAAACGGAAGUAUUAUACCAAUAGACGAAGUCAUAGCCGGGAUUACUACCCGCAUGGUCACCCGUACGACGAGGACGCGGUGGAUGAUUAUGAAGGUGAAAGUCGAGAUACGAGGAAUCAUUCGCUUAGUUCGAGUCCCUCAGGAGGGAACCUGAGUUCACCUGAAUCAAAGGAAGGCGAGACUACUCAAAAGGCUCUCGAAAAAACGCCAUCCGAGCAACCAUCCGGGGGAACAGGCAGUCAAGGAGUUGUAGAAUCGGAUAACGUUCCGAAAGGAGAAAAAGAGCUCUCGGCAGAGAUAGUAAAAAUGUUCGGAGAGCGAAUAAUGCCGGAUAGAACUCUAGCACCGCCGGUGCACAAAGAUCUGGCAGUCAGAUGGGAAGACAUAAUAAAAAAGGGUCUACCAACUGAGGAACGGAAAUCUCUACUGAAGAAACUUCCUCCUCCAGAAAACUGUACCGCAAUAGAUCCACCAAAGCUUAAUUUGGAAGUUAAGUCUGCUCUUGACAAUACUAUUAUUAAGAGAGACGAGCGUAUUGUGGAGAAACAAGCAAAAAUGACUGCUGCUAUUGCUGGGAUUGCAAAGGCCUUGAACUCUACGUUGGAAGGAGAUCCGGAAAAUAAAUUGGGCCUUGUAGAACAUCUUAGCGAUACCGCAAGAUUAUUAGUAGACUUACAACGUGAUGAGACAAUGAUUCGCAGGAGUCUUAUCUUAAAAAACGUCAAGAGCUCAUAUAGGGAUACCCUUAAGGAUACUUUAUGGGACGAAGAGCUUUUCGGAAAAGGCCUGGCGGAAAAACUCAAAACAACUAAGGUUUUGCAGCAAUCGUCAAAGGACUUAAAGAGUGGCGCUAAAGACCAGUCUUGGAAUAAAAAUUCAAAAAACUCGCGGGGCCCGUCUCGCUGGAAUCGAUACAAGUCGCACGGUCAAUCGGGCGAGCGGGCAGAGGCGGACAUACAACCAGCGACAGAAUCCGUCCUCUCAGGGUCACAGUACCUAUCGGAAGCCGGACCAAGUACCAGCGAAGAAGGAUUAGAAAAGGCCGCAUCCUCUUUGGAAAAGAAUUACCCUGGUUGCCGGAGUGCUGUCAGGAAAGCGUUCGAACUAAGAGAGGUACCAAUAGAGGCGACGGGCAUCAUGCUGUCUUCACUGACGGAGUCCUCGAUUAAGCAAUAUGACUCUUGUCUCAAAAAAUGGUGGAAAUUCUGUAAAGACAAUAACGUUAAUCCGUUUAAAGGAACAUUAACAGAGGUCCUAAAAUUUUUAACAGAAGAGUUCCAAGAAGGUAGAGCCUCUUAUGGUACACUCAACAGUUGUAGAUCUGCAAUAGCCUUAUUACGGGGUCCAGAAGUGGGAGAAGAUGCGAGAAUGAAGAGAUUUUUUAAGGGAGUCGGAAAGUUGCGACCCAGUAUGCCAAAAUAUGAUACAACGUGGGAUCCUAAAAUGGUAUUGGAUCAUGUGAGUAGCUGGGGUGCCAAUAAUGAUAUGACAUUAGAAAAAUUAUCUUUAAAAUUGGUAACGCUGCUCGCUCUCACUACUGGACAACGUAUGCAAACACUUGAACUAAUAAAUAUAAAAAACAUUCAUAGAUUAGAAGAUGUUAUUGAAAUUAGGAUUCCCGACAGGAUUAAGACUUCAAAGCUUAAUAAACCGCAACCAGUAUUAAUUGUUCCGUUUUAUCGCGGUAAUUUGAAUUUAUGCGUUGCUUCUACGUUGGAAAUAUAUCUUAAAAAGACAGAGGAUUUACGGAGAUUAGAAACAAAAUUGUUUAUUUCGUUUAAAAAACCAUUCAAGUCGGUAUCUAGCCAGACCUUAAGUCGCUGGAUUAAAAAUACUCUUAAUAGUAGUGGAGUGGACACGAAUAUAUUCAGCGCAUAUAGUACCCGCCAUGCCUCAACGUCAGCCGCUAAGCGAAGUGGCGUAAAUAUAGACGCGAUUAAAAAGGCAGCGGGAUGGUCGGAGAAGUCAGAGACAUUUGCACGAUUUUAUAAUCGAAAUAUAAGUUCAUCUAAGGAUGCUUUUGCCAAAGCUAUCCUCAAUAUUGCAAGUUAAUUUUAUAAAAUUUUUAGUUAUGUAAUACUCUUUAUUUAAAAAAGUGUA